UUACCAACAACAUUAUGGUAUAUAUAUUAUUCGAUGUUUUAAUCGAAAAAAAUGAAAUUGAACUCCGUGCCUGUAGCAAUGGAAAUGAUUUAAUAGCGAAACGUGGCCGCCGGCUCGCAUUCCGAGCUGUGUGGUUCAUUUAAAUUUGUUUGUCGUUCACCGCAGAGACAUUAACUCCAUACAUUCUGUAUCCGGCCGACCACCCUGCCACAUGACAUUCUUCCAAUUUUAAAAGAUUCUCCUGCUUUUAAUCUCAUCUCCAUUGUUCUUCCGACAACCAGUUUUCAUUUGAAGGCCUUCCCCCAGAAAAAUACUCUCUUCUCAAUUUGGAGCUUUGGUUACUUGGACUCAUCUUCUCUUGUUGGUUGCGGCGGCUAUAAUAAGAGGACAUUAUGAAGCUUUGUAGGCUCUUGGUCAUGCUCUUUGUGCUCCACACUUCUCUAUUGCUGCCUUUCUUUUCCAGCAGUAUCUGUUCCUCCUCAAGUUCAGAUAUGACUCCAAACCAACCCCAUGUAGUGUCAAAUGAAUGCCUGUCAGCCACACCAUCAAACAAGAAGUUGAAAGUAUGUACUUGCUCUUUGCAGGAUAACGAUGAUAGUAGCCCGGGGAGGAAGAACGUUCGUGUCGAUAACGUAAAUCUUUACGACUACAGUCCCAUCGAUCCAGUUCCAAGCUCAAAGAGAUCCAUAAAACAUGGACCAAUAGAGCAUCGCUCUCCUCUUAUACCUUAUAUGCCAAAUCCUUCUCCUCCAGAUCAACCUCAGCCGGGUGGUUUUGUGUAGACAGCUGAGACAUAUGUUUCUAUCAGCAAACCGGCCAUGUUAACCUGUAAAUCGUCUUUCGUCUACGUCGUAAAUAGUUGCGCCUCAUGUGACACCGCGGGAGAACGAAGUAUUGGAAUGAUGGGUUAGGAGAUGUAUGUAUUUUUGUAGAUCUUGCUCUCUAUAUAGUUGAAGAGUAUAAAUGAUUUGUUUUUGUGUAUUUAACACUUGUUUUAGUUGUUUAAUAUAUCUAUAUAUGGGUGAGGCCUAUUUGUUA